AAUAGGAAUGGUGAAAUCAAGUUACCGCUGGGAGCAAUGUUUUUUUGAACGUUAGCAUUUGAUGACUGUCACAAGGCAGCGGGAUUUUGCCAUUCUUCCAAGAGGCCCAAGAGAGCAAAACACUAUGGCUUUUUGUGCUGGGGAAUGUUUGGGAAGAACUCUUGGCAAGAAAAGGACCCGGCCGUUUGACAGUAGCUGUCACUCAACUGAUCCUUACAGAGCUUUGAGAGUGGUUAGUAUCACUUAGUCUGUUAGCAUCGGCUCAAACCCGCAUGGAUUACUAAAGGCCAGCACGGAGUAGUUCUUAUCCCAUGUCUUGCUUACCAAGUUGACAAUGAUUGCCGCUCAGAUCAGCAGAAGUUUGCAUCACCGUGAAUACUGGAAAACAGUGGAUAGUUUGGACCAUAUGUACAUUCAAUAUGCAAGGAUUUGGAUACCCGAUUCAGAACUAGUGUGGAAGUCGGCAGAACUUUUCAAAGAUUAUAAACCAGGCGACAAAGUCCUGCAUCUUCGACUUGAGGAUGGCAAGGAUAUUGAAUAUAAACUUGAUGCUAAGUCUAAGGACCUACCACCCCUGCGAAAUCCAGAUAUACUUGUGGGUGAAAAUGACCUGACAGCACUCAGCUAUCUUCAUGAACCUGCUGUUCUCCACAAUCUCAAAGUUCGAUUUAUAGACUCAAAACUCAUUUAUACAUAUUGUGGUAUAGUUUUAGUUGCCAUAAAUCCUUACGAGCAGCUGCCUAUCUAUGGCGAAGACAUCAUCAAUGCCUACAGUGGCCAAAAUAUGGGGGACAUGGACCCCCACAUCUUUGCUGUGGCUGAGGAGGCAUACAAACAGAUGGCCAGGGAUGAACGAAACCAGUCCAUCAUUGUAAGUGGGGAAUCAGGAGCCGGGAAAACUGUGUCUGCCAAGUAUGCCAUGAGAUACUUCGCCACAGUGAGUGGGUCUGCCAGUGAAGCUAAUGUGGAAGAGAAAGUGUUAGCUUCUAAUCCUAUAAUGGAGUCUAUUGGCAACGCCAAAACCACAAGAAACGACAAUAGCAGUCGCUUUGGAAAAUACAUUGAAAUCGGUUUCGAUAAGCGGUAUCGAAUCACAGGGGCCAACAUGAGAACUUACCUCCUAGAAAAAUCGAGAGUGGUGUUCCAGGCGGAAGAGGAGAGAAAUUACCAUAUCUUCUAUCAGCUUUGUGCUUCUGCGGCAUUGCCUGAAUUUAAAGCUUUGCGGUUGGGGAAUGCAGGCUAUUUUCACUAUACAAAACAAGGGGGAAGCCCAGAAAUUGACGGAAUUGAUGACGCUAAGGAAAUGCUUACCACUCGACGGGCUUGCACACUUUUGGGCAUUGUUGAUUCCUGUCAGAUGGGAAUUUUCCAAAUCCUUGCUGCUAUUCUUCACUUGGGCAAUGUGUCCUUCACAUCUCGAGAUGCUGACAGCUGCACAAUACCCCCUAAACAUGAACCCCUCAGGAUCUUCUGCGAUCUCAUGGGAGUGGAAUACGAACAGAUGGCGCACUGGCUUUGCCACAGAAAGCUUGCUACUGCCACAGAGACCUACAUCAAGCCCAUUUCCAAGCUGCAGGCGAUCAAUGCUCGGGAUGCUCUUGCGAAGCAUAUCUACGCGAACCUUUUUACCUGGAUUGUAGAUCAUGUGAACAAAGCUUUGCAGUCCACCGUGAAACAGCAUUCUUUCAUUGGCGUAUUGGACAUUUAUGGGUUUGAAACAUUUGAGAUCAACAGUUUUGAACAAUUCUGUAUAAAUUACGCCAAUGAGAAAUUACAGCAGCAGUUCAACAUGCACGUCUUUAAGUUGGAGCAAGAAGAAUACAUGAGGGAACAAAUUCCUUGGACCUUGAUUGAUUUCUACGACAAUCAGCCCUGCAUUAAUCUCAUCGAGGCCAAAAUGGGAAUUCUGGAUUUGCUGGAUGAGGAAUGCAAGAUGCCUAAAGGUUCAGACAACAGCUGGGCCCAGAAAUUGUACAAUACUCACUUGAAUAAGAUGGCACUUUUUGAGAAACCUCGAUUGUCCAACAAAGCUUUUAUUAUCCAACACUUUGCAGAUAAGGUGGAGUACCAGUGUGAAGGAUUUUUGGAAAAAAACAAAGAUACUGUCUAUGAAGAACAGAUCAAUGUUCUCAAAUCAAGUAAGUUUAAGAUGCUGCCCGAGCUGUUUCGAGCGGAGAAGGUCAUCAGUCCCACCUCAGCCACACCCUCUGGUCGUAUCCCAUUGUCUCGAGCGGCCGUGAAACCAGCCAAGUCGAAAAUGGCCCAAGCAAGCAAGGAACAUAAGAAAACCGUGGGGCAUCAGUUCAGAAAUUCUCUGCACCUCUUGAUGGAGACCCUCAAUGCCACCACUCCACAUUACGUUCGGUGUAUUAAACCAAAUGACUUCAAGUUUCCAUUUAUGUUUGAUGAAAAGCGGACUGUACAACAGCUGAGAGCUUGUGGUGUGCUGGAGACAAUCCGAAUCAGUGCAGCUGGUUUCCCUUCAAGGUGGACCUAUCAAGAAUUCUUCAGCCGCUAUCGUGUCCUGAUGAAGCAGAAAGAUGUCCUCAGUGACAGGAAACAGACAUGCAAGAAUGUCUUGGAAAAGCUGAUUCUGGACAAGGAUAAGUACCAGUUUGGGAAGACAAAAAUAUUUUUCCGGGCUGGUCAAGUAGCUUAUUUGGAAAAAAUAAGGGCUGAUAAACUGAGAGCAGCUUGCAUCCGUAUCCAAAAGACUAUCAGAGGGUGGUUGAUGCGAAAGAAGUACCUGCGCAUGAGGAAGGCAGCCAUCACCAUUCAGAAAUACGUCCGUGGAUACCAGGCACGAUGCCUUGCAAUGUUCUUACGAAGAACCAAAGCUGCCAUCAUCAUCCAGAAAUUCCAGCGCAUGGUUGCUGCCCGCAAACGGUAUCAGCACAUCCGAGCAGCUACCAUUACUCUCCAGUCGCACUUGCGAGGCUACAUUGCCAGGAAGAAGUAUCACAAGGUCAUGGAGAAAAAGCAUCUCGAGGAGACAAAACAACUGGACCUAGACCUGAACAAUGAAAGGCAGAGGUAUCAGAAUCUGCUCCAAGAAUUCAGCCGGUUGGAAGAGCGAUACGAUGACCUCAAGGAUGAGAUGAAGCUGAUGGAGAAUGAAAGGCAGAGGUAUCAGAAUCUGCUCCAAGAAUUCAGCCGGUUGGAAGAGCGAUACGAUGACCUCAAGGAUGAGAUGAAGCUGAUGGAGACUAUUUCCAAACCGGGGCACAAGAGAACGGACUCCACCCAUAGCAGCAAUGAAUCGGAAUAUACUUACAACUCUGAGAUCGCCGAGGCUGAAGAGUUUCCAAUGGGAACAGAGGAACCGAGUGAGAAAAAGGCACCUUUGGACAUGUCUCUCUUCCUCAAACUACAAAAACGAGUGAAGGAGCUGGAGAUGGAAAAGCAGUCCCUGCAGGAUGAGCUAGAGAAGAAGGAGGACCAAGUUCUGCGGGCCAAGGCCAAGGAGGAAGAAAGGCCUCAGAUGAGAGGAGCAGAGCUGGAAUACGAAUCGCUUAAGCGUCAAGAGCUUGAGUCAGAGAAUAAGAAACUAAAGAACGAAUUGAACGAGUUGAGGAAGGCCCUGGUGGAAAAGAGGGGUCCAGAUGUCACGAUGCCUGGUGCCCCAGCAUACAGAGUCCUUUUGGACCAGAUGACCUCUGUCAGUGAAGAGUUGGAGGUCCGCAAGGAGGAAGUUCUCAUCCUGAGGUCUCAGCUGAUGAGUCAGAAGGAGGCCGUGCCAUUCAAGAAUACCAUGACAGACUCUACAAUUCUUCUGGAAGACGUUCAGAAGUUGAAGGACAAAGGAGAGAUCGCUCAAGCUUAUAUUGGACUGAAGGAGACAAACAGAUCAUCUCCUCAAGACUGUCAUUUGCUGAACGAGGAUGGCGAACUGUGGCUGGUAUAUGAAGGGCUAAAACAAGCCAACAGGCUGCUGGAAACUCAGCUGCAGGCUCAGAAGCGAAGCCAUGAGAAUGAUCUGGAGGCCCUCCGUGGAGAGAUCCAGAGUCUGAAGGAAGAGAAUAACCGCCAACAGCAGUUGCUGGCCCAGAACCUCCAGCUGCCCCCAGAAGCCCGGAUCGAAGCCAGUCUGCAGCAUGAAAUCACCCGUCUGACCAAUGAAAACCUGGAUUUGUUGGAACAGAUGGAGAAACAGGACAAGACGGUUCGGAAACUGAAAAAGCAGCUGAAAGUUUUCGCCAAAAAAAUUGAUGAGCUUGAAGUGGGCCAGAUGGAGAAUAUUUCACCUGGGCAAAUCAUUGAUGAGCCCAUACAUCCUGUGAAUAUUCCAAGGAAAGAAAAAGACUUCCAAGGAAUGUUAGAAUACAAGAAAGAGGAUGAACCCAAACUCGUUAAGAAUCUUAUUUUAGACCUGAAGCCUCGUGGAGUGGCAGUAAAUCUCAUCCCAGGGUUGCCAGCUUACAUUUUGUUCAUGUGCGUCCGCCAUGCCGACUACCUUAACGAUGAUCAAAAAGUGAGAUCCUUGCUGACUUCUACGAUUAAUGGCAUCAAAAAAAUUUUGAAGAAAAGAGGUGACGACUUUGAAACGGUCUCCUUCUGGCUGUCGAACACAUGCCGAUUUUUGCACUGUUUGAAGCAGUAUAGCGGUGAAGAUGGGUUUAUGAAACAUAACACAUCUCGUCAGAACGAACAUUGCCUGACUAAUUUCGACCUUGCCGAGUACAGACAAGUAUUAAGCGACCUGGCCAUCCAAAUUUACCAGCAACUCGUUCGCGUGCUAGAGAAUAUUUUGCAGCCAAUGAUUGUUUCAGGAAUGCUGGAGCACGAAACCAUCCAAGGUGUGUCUGGGGUGAAACCCACCGGACUGCGCAAGAGAACCUCUAGCAUCGCUGACGAAGGGACCUACACCUUGGAUUCCAUCAUCCGUCAGCUGAAUACUUUCCAUUCCAUCAUGUGCCAGCACGGCAUGGAUCCUGAGCUGAUCAAGCAAGUGGUCAAGCAGAUGUUCUACAUCAUUGGGGCCGUGACCCUCAACAACCUUCUGCUGCGAAAGGACAUGUGCUCCUGGAGCAAAGGAAUGCAGAUAAGGUACAAUGUAAGCCAGCUGGAAGAAUGGCUUCGUGACAAAAACCUAAUGACCAGCGGUGCCAAGGAGACCCUGGAGCCCUUGAUCCAGGCUGCUCAGCUGCUACAAGUGAAAAAGAAGACGGAGGAGGACGCAGGGGCCAUCUGCUCCAUGUGCCAUGCAUUGACUACCGCACAGAUUGUGAAAGUGUUGAACUUAUAUACUCCCGUCAAUGAGUUUGAAGAAAGAGUAUCUGUGUCUUUUAUCCGGACAAUACAGCUGCGUAUGAGAGACAGGAAGGAUUCCCCUCAACUCCUAAUGGAUGCUAAGCAUAUUUUCCCUGUCACUUUCCCGUUCAACCCUUCCUCUCUCGCAUUAGAAACUAUCCAGAUCCCAGCGAGUUUGGGCCUAGGAUUCAUCACUCGGGUCUGAACCAAGAACCCGGAGUUAAGCUGUCGACCAUCCGUUUCUACUUACAAUCUCUUUCACGAUGAAAAUAAAUUGAGUCAAAAGCCAUGAGGGGGUUUGGGAAGGAAUAGAGGGAAAAGACUGGAAGGGAAUUGUGAAUAUGCUGUUGAACCGCAUUGCCGAAAACCGGAAUGCGUCGUCAUUCUCUCGCCACCGGAAGCUGAUAGAAACUAUUGCGCAUUUGUACAGAUUCACCCAUCCCGCGCUGAGGCCUACCUAAAGCUUUUCAGGUUAAGCAAAACAUCAGUGCACACCUUAAUGUUUCUCCCCCACCCCCACCUCACCCCCCAGUUGGUUGCAAGCUGUCUUAUAUUUGCAUUGUAAACCAAAAAAAAACAGUCUGUGACUGAUAAAUCACAAUGAGUUUUCUUUUUACCUUUCCACGUUAAGAUAAAAAAAAAAUUAUAAUGUGCAUCUGGUGGCAAAAAAAGGAAAGGUUGUGAAGAGGAGUAUUUUCCGUUUUAACGGCUCUGAGAAUCCCUUCCUAUAUUCCGUAUUUCACACGUACGCUUAUUAUUAUUAUUAAUUUUUUUGGUAGAAAACAGUCACCAGUUUGUUUCUUUGUCUCCACUGAGUGGAAUGGCGUCAUUCCAGUGCAAUGGUGUGAGUGUGUUACCUCCAAUCCGUAAUGUGUUCCUGACUCUUGUGUUGGUCAGGAAGCUAAAGGCGAGGAUAUGUUAAAGCUCCUUGUAAGACAUUUCAGCAUAUUUAAGUCACCAGUGAUCUGCCAGUUAUCAGGGACCAGCCAGGAGCUAAAGCCAGGUGCAAUUUUCAGAGAAGGGUGGAAAUAUUUAGGGGUAGCUUCUGUGUAUGUGUAUAUAAACACAGACACAUAUAUACAUAUAUAAAUAUAUAUAUUUCAAAGACCUGAAAGUUUAACAGAGACAGGCAACAUACAAGUAUCACUCAUCAGGCAUUUUGCCUGUACAAACCAUAAAAAAAACCAUUGAAAUAAAUAGAAAUAAUCAUACUGUUAGAAAGCACCAUUCAUUAGGACAAGGUUAAAUAAGUUUUUUUUUAUAGGUUUCAACUGAGAGAUAAUUGAUCAAAUCAGUUGAUUGCCUCCCUAUUUAUGUCGGUGUGCGACAUAAAUGAUGAAUCAAUGAAAAAUAUUUUGAUUUACGUUCUGGUAUAAUAGAGCUGCUUAUUUCGUACUGUUUUCAAACCAUAUUACAAGUGUUGCAGUCUGUGGUGUUCUUUUAAAUGUACAAUAAUUUUUAAAGGUGCAGAAAUGCAGGUUUAUAAAAUCACUGUAACUUUAAUAGUCCGGUCUUUUAAUAAGAUUGAUGCCAGUGUCAAGAAACAUAUAAGUAGUAACAGGAAACGAUAAUUUAAGCACAAUCUCAGAAACUGGAACCUGCUUUCUAAAGUCUAAAGAACCAACCCAACAAUAUUAUAUUUUAUAUUUAUUUAUUGUUUUGGUAUAUGUUGCUUUUCGUUUUUUAUUUGCUGGAUGUGUAAUAAGAGUGUGUAAUAUUUAUUUUGGAGGUUUGGGAAGAGGUUUUUUUAAUAGGGAAAGGGUUCAUUUAAAAUGCACCUCAGACAUUUAAUCCUGGAAAAGAAGCUAUUCCCCUACCAUUAGCACCACUCCAAUCUUACGAUUUUCUUAAAAGCUUGCUCCACAUUCAUUUUUUUAAAAAAUGUAAUGCUAUCCCUGAUUUGCACCCAUUUUAUUAAAAAAAAGAGAGAGGAAAUAUUCAUUUUCUGUUUCCAUGGGAACAUUUCAUUUGGACACUUUAUGAAUAUAAUCUGAUGAAAAGAUUUUGCCGAAAACUCUCAAGCUGCAGAUACAAUAGUUGUCAUGAUUUUCCCCAGUGUGAAACUGACAUUUUGAAAUAUUUGUGGACCUUCACUUAAAAGUUCUCCAGGUUCCUUUAAAAUAAUAAUAAUAAUAAUAAUAAUAAUAAAUUAAAAAGCCAGGUACGGUCAGUGAUGAUCAGAAAUACAAAAGACGAUGUUACAUUAUCCCAAGCCUGCCGUGUGCAAUAUUUUAAUUUAUCCUAACAACUGAAUUAUGUUUAUUUUCAAACAUAUCUCUGCUGUAAAUGCACAUUCUUAAAACGGUCUAGUACUGGACUUAAUCUCUCUGGGCACCUAAAAGAUGCUGUCACUCGAAACAGGUUUAAAUAGGUUUUCGUGUGCGAAAGAGAGAUGACUGACAGGGACACUGUUGAGGUAAAUAAAAGAGGCCUGAUUUGGGGGCCCCUCCCCAUUCUUUUUGCUUUGUUUUAUUGUGGGAAGGGAAGCAAAUGCUCUUUGAUUUUUUUAAAAAAAAGAAAUAUUCAGGUACUCAAGUAUUGCCUUUAAUACAUGUUCUUUAUUUAUGAUACAUUAAUAGGUCUUUACUUGAAAAUGUGCAUUUUCUUUUAUAACUGGCACUAUGUUUACAAAAGUGACUAAGAGAGUGUGUCCCUCCUAGGAUUACUUUAAAAUGCUCUAUUAAAAGGUACACUUCCUCUGUGGCUCUAGCCAGUUGGGGCUUGAUACCACAAAGGAGCUGAAAGUUGAGGUCCUAGAGUGGCCAUUUCCACCCUAAUGGCUUCCUAAAUGAUCGGUGGACUCUAUUCUCAUAAUCUCCCAGCCACAGGUGUAAAUUAGUCAAUUUCCUGUUUGUUGCGUGGUCAGUUUCUCUGUGCGUGGGUGUGUGCUGUGCAGUCAAACAAUAGGCGUCCAAAACACCUUGGAGAAGGUGAAAAUACAAAAGAAUAGGGUUUUAAUCAGUCAUCUUUAGGGCAAUAAUGGAGCAUCAAAGAACGUUUCAGAGACGCUGAAUCUGUUUUGCUGAACUGGUGACACCAUUUGGCAUUGGCGAUUGGCCGGGGUGGGGGAGGUUAUCUCCCCCCCCCCAAGUUUUACACUCAUGCUCCCAGCGAGAUUUGCCAUGCUAGUUGUGGAUUAUGAGAGUUCAUGUUCAGAAUCUUAGAUGGCUACUCAGAUGGCAAAAUACACUAACUUCUCAACUCUCACUGGAUUCUUAGCAUACUGUACAACAGACGUAUCCAAUCUUGGCAGCUUUAAGUCUUGUGGACUUCAAAUCCCAAAAUUCCCCAACCAGUCAUGCUGCCUGGGGAAUUCUGGGAGUUGGAAGUCCACAGGCCUUAAAAUUGCCAAGGUUUGACAUCCCUGCUGCAUAAUGAAAAGGCUAUAACAGAAAUUAUGUAAGGGGACAGCACUACUUUUAAAAUCUAGCAGCCCAAUUAAUUUCCCCUCCAGAAUAUCUCCCUACCGAGUACUGGAAUCCUGCCUUUUCAUUUCAACUGAAUAAUUGUUGUUUUUUUUCCAAGAAUUUGACAAUUCCAAAAGUGAUGAUGGUAUCUUUAGAUAUAUGGUUUUUAAUUUUUCGUUUUGUUUGUAUAAAAGCCUUAUUGUAUCUUGUUUACUAAUAAGAGUGAUGGAUGCCUCUUGGCAUUAUCCUCCGACUGCGUAAUCUGAUUAAAUAUAUCUUUCUGUCACAUUAAAACCGAAUGCUGCUUUUCAUGUUUUAAAGGAAUUCCGAGUUUAACUGUGCUCUGUAAUUCAUCCAACACUUUACAUAUCAGUAUUUUGCGUGCACUUUUUAUGGGUCUAAUAUUUUACUGUUACAUGCUAGAAAACCAACUGUUUUCAAGUUAGAAUUUGUAGCAUCUAACACAAUUCGAGUUUUGCUUAUUUUUUCCUCCCCUUUAAAACACGAUCAUGUUGUUUUAAUGUGUUGUUUUAAAGUGUUGCCAUCUCUUUUACUUUUAACUGAUAUGCUAUAAUUUCUCGUCCUCCCCCCAAAUGUGCUUUUGAAAUGUCUAGACCCAAAAUAUUCCUCCAAUAUUACCUCAUUAGGUUUCAGAUAGUUUUCGCUUUUCUUCCAACCGCUCCUACAAUGUAAUUUUGCGAUUGGAAGAAUGUUUCUCGCUUAGUCUGGAACAAUUUUUGUUUUACGGAGUGUUGCAGUCCUGGGCAUCCUUUUAAAGCCCCCCAAGAAAAUUGCAAGCAAGGAUUAAAUGCAAUGUAUUCAAAACAUGCUUGCUAUGAUCAUACAGCUUCUUCCUUGCUUGUGCUGGAUCUGUUUGUUUUCAGUGCCCACCCCCAGGAUAUCCCAAAGGGGCUGGGGGCAUUGAUUUGUCUGUUUCCACGUGUACAAAGCUUUGUGCAUCAGACAUCGGUCACAAUAAAUUUGCACUAUUCAUAAUAGGUCUUUCCUGCUGAUACAAAGAGGUCAGCUUUUGUAGGGCAGGUUGUCCCACAACAUCCAAUCUCGCCCAAAAUAAUAAUUUCAGGUCUACACACGGAUAACAGAGUAUUCAUGAUCCCAAACCCCUUUUUCUUUCUCAAAGCAACACGUUCAGUUUGUUUUUCCAUCUCAACCCGCUGUAUCUUUCUUUUUCUUUUGAGAUUUUCAAAACUGGACGCAUUUCAACUGUUGAUUUUCUUUUGCAAUCGCUCAAUCAUUGUCCUUUUAAACUUGCAAUUCCUUUUGAAGCAAAAAACAACAGGGUUUGAGGUCUUUUACCCACUUAGGCGUAGAUAGAAACCAAAAUGUUAAUCCGAAUGACUUAAGCUUGGAAUUGUCAUGGUGUCUGACAUAAUUAAUAAAUGUAUGCUUCAUAAAUGCUGUAUCUUAGAAGAAAUGUCCAAAUAAAAGGAAACGCUAAAAAGUC